AUAACCGCACUAGGCAGUAUCAGGAAGGGAAGUGGUUUUGAUAGACUCCUAAAGUGACACAACUACACAGUGUUUUCGUAAAGAUAGUAACUGCAGCCCUUCUUACGCUCAGACAGCAAAAAUACGUUAAAACGGUCACACUCUGAUGCAAGUCGAACAUAAAAACGGAAAACUCUGUGUAGCGUGGAGCAACAGAACAGUGGAAGAACAACAGUAACAGGAUUGUCUCCAUCUGGAAGAAUGAGAUCUAUUGCAGUUACUGUCUUAUUUUGUGCUGGAUAUUUCCACUUGUCAUCAGUCUUUGCACAUCCUCGGGGAGAAUGGACGAGACUCAUCCUCACCCAACACUGGCCACAGGCAUUUUGCAGUAUGGAACACUGUAAAACAAAUAUCAGCUAUUGGACUUUGCAUGGAUUAUGGCCCAACACUGGCAAUAUGUGCAACUCAUCCUGGCAUUUUAAUGCCAGUUUGAUUGAGGAUAUACUGCCAGAAAUGGAGAAGUUCUGGCCAGAUCUUCUCAUACCUUCAUCUCCCAAAUUUUGGAAAUAUGAAUGGCUGAAACAUGGAACGUGUGCUGCGAAAGCAGAGUCGCUGAACAGUCAACAUAAAUACUUCAGCAAAGCCCUUGAGCUGUACCACAAGUUUGACCUUAGCAGUGUUUUAGGGAACAACAAAAUUGUGCCCUCUGAAGAGCACUACACGUUUGAUGUUAUAGAGACAGCCAUUACCAGCUUCUAUGGAGUCAAGCCAAAGAUUCAGUGCAUCCACCCACAAAAGCAGGGAAGCCAGUUUCAGACUUUGGAACAAAUUGAGAUAUGUGUUGACCGGGAUUUCCAGCUGAUCGACUGUGAAAAGUCAGUUAAAGGGAUCUGGAGCAAUGAGAUCCUGUCAGCGUCUGUGAGUGGCCAGUCAGACCUCAGCGUGUGUGAUCACUCCAUGCCAGUUUAUUACCCUCCAGUGCCAAGCACAUCACAUAGGUGGUAAACUCAAGACCUCUUGUGUCAAUGAGCGUUAGUGCAAUCUGUAUCACUGAGGGAUAGGACAAGAAUUUAUUUGAGAAUUGUCCAGUCUUGCUCUUGAAACACUGCACACAGAAACCUCAGAAUUUUUUUUUUCCUAAUUACACUAUUUGAUGCAUCCUUUAAACUAAUUAAACACUUAAUUUUCUUGUUAUUUGAAUAAUUACAUGCUGGAGCAAAUUUACUGAAAAUCAAAGGGUAAUGAAUUCACAGACUGCUGUUUUUUUUAUUAUUAUUAUUAUUAUUAUUAUUGUUUUCAUUUCAACAUUUCUAAAUACAUUUCUAUUUAUGGCUUUAUACAGUUAUGUAUCUUGCCAAACUGUUAUCAUAUUUACUUUGGGAGGAAAACAUGUCUAGGCCACAUUUUGCCCUAAAAUCGAGAGGGAGAGAGAGAGAGAGAGGAAUUAUUUAUAGAAAUUCUUUUAAAAAUGACAAAACAAUAUAUACUUGUAUAUACACAUCUCCCACCCACAACCCAACAACCCAAAAAAAUUCUUAUUACAGCAGUGCAUUAAGAUGUUUAAUUAAGAUUUGCUGUGAGAUUCUCAUUACAUUUUUAUUACAGUAAUUCUUGGUGAUGAGACUUCAAAUUAUUAUUUUAUUUUUUUUCUUAAGGGGAAAAUGUGCUUAGUUGUCAUGAAAAUAAUGUCACAGUGCAUUUUCUUUAUGCAAAAUAUGAUUUCUUAAUUCAUCCUUUUAAUUUUGGGGUGAAAUAUUACCUGGGCAUGUUCUUGACAGGUUUUCUUUUAUAGAUCUACUUGAACUUUUUAGUUGAAGCUCCUUUAUAAUUUUAUUUUAUUGGUUUUAUUUUUUACAGCAUUUACCAUUUUUGAUAAAAUAUGCCCCAAGAGUUUGCUAUAAUGUUCUGUUUUCUAUGUAUUUUAUCUGAUACAUUUUAUGAAAACUUUUAUUGAAACUGUUAAUACUCUAAUUUGGAAUGUUUAUGUGGAAAAUUUGUAGCCGGUUUUGAGUUUUGGGACUAUGAUAGGCUGCUAUUGCAUAAUGCACAUACAGGCCACUUGAGGGCAGCACAUACACUCUGUAAAAUAGUCUUAAGACGUAGUUGUUAUCAAGUUUUACAGUGCAACACCAAUUACCUACAAGGAGACAGGUUGCACAAAAUGUGCAGUUAUACGGUGUCAUUCUGUAUUUUUAAAAGACAUAUCUGAUAUGUCAGGUCUUGGCAUUUGAUAUUGAUUUGGCAGUGUUAGUUUUUAACCUUCAUUAAAGUUGGUUAUUAGUCUAUAACUGAACAUGUCAAAUAUAUGCCUUGAAUUUCAUUGCAUUUGGCAUUUACAUAUCUAUUGCUGGUGAUUUUUCUUUUUCUUUUUCUUUUUCUUUUUUUUUUACAGACACGAUUUGUAUGUUUUUAUCUUUUUGAAGUACAGUAUGUGAUAAAUGUCUAAAAUCAUUAAAAAUUCAUGUCAUACUGAAA